AAUAUCACCUCAUUAUCAAUUUCUGCCAACUCCAAACCACUUCAGGCCAACGUACGAAGCUAAGGAAAGAGUCGAAAGACGAGUAUAAAGAUCAAGAAAGCAUAUCAGAGCCUUGCAGCAUUUGUUUCACUUCAUCAGUUUAGCACGUAUUGCUUUUCGUGAUAUGGAGCCUUCAGACAGCAGCGCUACGAUGCCUGAUUCGUACGAGCCCACGAAACCUGCUGUCUCAGGAAAUGCUACACUUGAAGCACUAGAUGAGGUGAAUGAUUCUCCCAUUGAGGAAGUCCGGCUAACGGUACCGAUAACGGACGACCCUACGCUUCCAUGUUUGACAUUUCGGACAUGGGUUCUAGGAAUAAUAUCUUGUGCAACUUUAGGAUUCUUAAACCAAUUCUUUGGUUAUCGCCAAAAUGCGCUCUCUGUAACGUCGGUUUCAGCGCAAAUUCUAGUCCUUCCCUUAGGAAAGCUUAUGGCCGUGUCUCUGCCAAGAAAAGAAAUACGUAUCCCUGGAACAAAAUGGACAUUCUCAUUGAAUCCAGGCCCCUUCAGCAUAAAGGAGCAUUGCCUUAUCACUAUAUUUGCCAACACGGGAUCAAAUUCCGUCUAUGCUGUCAAUAUUAUUACCAUUGUCAAGGCGUUUUACCAUCGUCGACUUAACCCCGUGGCUGCAAUGUUACUAACACAUAGUACACAGAUGCUUGGGUAUGGCUGGGCAGGUAUUUUCAGGAAAUUCCUCGUUGAUUCGCCCUACAUGUGGUGGCCUAUCAAUCUUGUUCAAGUUUCUCUCUUCAGAGCAUUGCAUGAGGUUGAAGUUAGACGAAAAGGAGGCCUCACAAGGCUGCAGUUUUUCAUCAUCGUCCUGGUUUCCAGCUUCUCUUACUAUAUAGUCCCCAACUAUCUUUUCCCAUCUAUCACAGCUCUCUCCUUUGUGUGUUGGAUAUGGAAAGAUUCUGUAACGGCCCAGCAAAUAGGAUCCGGGAUUUAUGGCCUAGGAGUCGGCUCAUUCGCAUUCGAUUGGGCCACCGUAGCAGGAUUUCUGGGCAGCCCCCUGGCGACUCCUGGAUUUGCUAUCAUCAACAUGUUGGUAGGUUUCGUGUUGGUUCUUUAUGUCGUGACGCCAAUUGCCUAUUGGAACAACUUUUACAACGCUAAGCGGUUUCCUAUCAUUUCUGCCCAUGUGUUUGAUGCAAAUGGAGCAAAAUACAACAUAUCAGCAAUUCUAACUGAGAGAACGUUUGAGUUCAAUAAUCAGGGGUAUGAUAAUUACAGCAAGGUUAAUCUCAGCAUAUUUUUCGUGUUGGCCUAUGGAAUAAGCUUCGCGACUUUGGCUGCAACCGUUUCACAUGUAGCGCUCUUUCACGGAAGAACAAUUUGGCAGCAAACAAAGAAGUCAUUUCAGGACAAGUUUGGAGAUGUGCACACAAGAUUGAUGAGAAAAAACUAUGAUCCUGUUCCUCAGUGGUGGUUCCACGCUCUCCUCCUUUUGGUAAUUGCGAUGUCGUUGUUUUCCUGUGAAGGGUUCGGAAGGCAAUUACAGCUCCCUUACUGGGGUGUCAUUUUAGCAAUGGCUUUGGCUUUCAUUUUCACUCUGCCUGCCGGUGUCAUUACAGCCACAACCAACCAGCAAAUAGGAUUAAAUGUCGUCUCUGAGAUGAUUAUUGGCUACAUGUAUCCUGGCAAACCUCUAGCCAAUGUAGCCUUCAAAACUUAUAGCACCAUAAGCAUGGCACAGGCCAUUACAUUUCUUUCGGAUUUCAAGCUAGGCCAUUACAUGAAAAUCCCUCCAAAAUCCAUGUUCCUGGUUCAGCUAGUGGGAACAUUAGUCAGUUCCUUGGUGUACUUCGGCUCAGCUUGGUGGCUGCUCACAAGCAUAGAAAACAUCUGCAAUCCAUCAAAAUUGCCUGACGGGAGCCCCUGGACGUGCCCUGGGGACGAUGUCUUCUACAAUGCUUCCAUAAUCUGGGGCGUUGUCGGACCCCUACGCAUGUUUGGGAAACUCGGAUUGUACCCGGGAAUGAACUACUUCUUCCUCUUCGGCGCCAUUGCACCCGUGCCUGUGUGGUACUUCUCACGCAAAUAUCCUGAGAAGAAGUGGAUUCGGCUGAUCAACGUCCCAAUCCUUAUCUCAGGAGCCGGUGCGAUGCCCGUGGCCAAGGCCGUGAACUACAUGUGCUGGUUCAGCGUGGGACUGUUCUUCAACUUGUACGUGUACCGGAGAUUUAAGCAUUGGUGGGUUAGGCACAAUUACAUUCUAUCGGCAGGCCUGGAUGCCGGGGUCGCAUUCAUGGGCACCCUGUGCUAUUUUACCUUACAAUAUAACGGCAUCCGGGGCCCGAGGUGGUGGGGGCUGGCGGUGGAUGAUCACUGCCCAUUAGCUAAGUGCCCAACUGCGCCUGGAAUACAAGUUGAAGAUUGCCCUGUCUUUCACUGAUCUGCUGCUACAAUUUGUGCUUCUCCUUCCACACAAAGUUACCCGUUAAAGACUUUUAUAGGAAGACAGUGCGAUGUAAAUAUGCGAAGGUACCUUUAAUUCGUUAAUGGAUAAAUUACACUUCAAAACAUUAGAAACUUCGUCACUCAGUAUUGCUAUCUUAUGGAAAAACGUAUAUAGAUUUCUAC